GUGGAGUCGUCACGUACGAUGAUGAUACUUUAUAUUGCUGGGCUUGUUGGAUGCAUAGUAAUCCACGAGCGCUAGAGCUCCGAGACAUGCAGCUUACGUUGCUGGCACUUUUGUGCUCUGCUUCGCAUGCUAAUUCAUUCUCGUCUCAAUGACCAGCCCCCCAAAGCCAAGGCCGGUUCUCGCAAGAAGCCCGCACCCGCACCAGGCGCUGCUGGCAAAUCCGCAAAAAUCACAAAAAACCCUCUCUUCGAGGCCAAGCCCAAGAACUUUGGCAUUGGUCAACACAUUCGUCCUAAGACUGAUCUCACUCGCUUCGUCAAGUGGCCCGAGUACAUCCGCCUUCAACGCCAGAAGGUCAUCCUUUCUCAGCGCUUGAAGGUUCCUCCCGCUAUUGCCCAGUUCUCCCACACUCUGGACAAGAAUACUGCUUCACAGCUUUUCAAGCUCCUCAACAAGUACCGCCCAGAGAGCAAGGUCGAGAAGAAGGAGCGUCUCGAGGCUCUAGCAAAAGCUGCCACUGAAGGAAAGGAGCCUGUCAAGGACAAGAAGCCUCUUUUUGUCAAGUACGGUUUGAACCACUGUGUCGCCCUCAUCGAGGCAAAGAAGGCGUCCCUCGUCGUCAUUGCCCAUGACGUCGACCCCAUUGAGUUGGUCGUCUUCCUCCCCGCUCUUUGCCGCAAGAUGGGUGUUCCCUAUGUCAUCGUCAAGGGCAAAGCCCGUCUCGGCACCGUCGUCCACAAGAAGACCGCCGCCGUCCUUACUCUCCAAGAUGUCAACAGCGAGGAUCAGCGCGAGCUUGCAAACCUAGUCAGCGCCGCCAAGGCCAACUUCGCUGACAAGUACGAGGAGCAGCGCCGUCACUGGGGUGGCGGUCUCCGUGGAAACAAGUCCACUCAAAUGAUGCGCAAGCGCGCAAAGGCUGCUGGUCAGGACUCCAAGGCUGCUGCUCUUGGCAAGCUGUAAGUUUUGUGCUAGUUCGUGAUCAUACCACCGGUCUUGGUCCUUGUCGUUCAUCGUCAUUAUGUCAUGCCUAUUAUAUGAGUAUGGUAUGCAUCGUACUACGCAUGGGUUAUCCCAAGUUACUACUGUGUGGAGGCCAGGGCAUAUCAUGCCAGAUUGUAUACUCUGAUGAAUGUUGCGCCAUCAGCUAUAACAUGAUAACUGCAUGUUGUAUUCGAGUCGUUUG